CGGGGAGUGAGAAUUCGUGUCCUCUUGUACUUCCGUCUUCUGGCGGGAAGCUUCUCUACGAGGGACUCAGAAAGAGACGACGAAAGCCCUAAAAAAAAGAAAGGUGAAACACUUUGUGUGGUGACAGUGACCAGAAAGCACGGCCAGGACGAGGAGGAUGCACUGGAUUGCCACCAGAAACGCCGUCGUUUCAUUCCCCCGAUGGCGUUCCUUCGCCUUCCUCUUCCGCUCCCCAUUUCGCACUUACACUUCCCUCAAACCUUCGCCACUUCUACUUAAUACAACAAGGUACUCUGAGAGAACAUACUGUCUUGGAGAUCGAAAGGCUGUGAAGGGAAUCACUACGGCUUCUAAGAAAGUUAAGAAGCCAAGUGAUGCUCUCAGUGACAAAGAUCUAUCUCAUUUGCUCUGGUGGAAAGAGAGGUUGCAGACAUGUAAGAAACCAUCUACACUUCAGCUUAUCGAAAGGCUCAUGUACACUAACUUGUUGGGUCUGGACCCUAGCCUGAGGAAUGGAAGUCUAAAAGAUGGAAACCUUAACUGGGAGAUGCUGCAGUUUAAGUCAAGGUUCCCACGCGAGAUUUUGCUAUGCAGAGUUGGAGACUUCUAUGAGGCCAUUGGCAUAGAUGCUUGUAUACUCGUCGAGUAUGCUGGUCUAAAUCCGUUUGGUGGUCUUCGUUCGGAUAGUGUUCCAAAGGCUGGCUGUCCCGUUGUGAAUCUUCGACAGACUUUGGAUGACCUAACACGGAACGGCUUUUCAGUGUGUAUUGUGGAGGAAGUACAGGGACCAACACCAGCUCGUUCUCGUAAAGGUCGAUUUAUUUCAGGGCAUGCUCAUCCAGGAAGUCCUUAUGUAUAUGGUCUCGUUGGUGUUGACCACGAUCUUGACUUUCCGGAGCCUAUGCCUGUCGUUGGGAUAUCUCGUUCAGCAAGGGGGUAUUGCAUGAUAUCUAUCUUCGAAACUAUGAAAGCAUAUUCUCUAGAUGAUGGGACAUGUCGGUGGGGAGAGUUUGGGGAAGGAGGUCUACUUUGGGGAGAAUGCAGUGGCAGGAGUUUCGAAUGGUUUGAAGGAGAUGCUCUCUCCGAGCUCUUAUCGAAGGUCAAAGAUGUUUAUGGUCUUGAUGAUGAAGUUUCCUUUAGAAAUGUCAACGUACCUUCAGAAAACCGGCCACGUCCGUUGCAUCUUGGAACGGCUACACAAAUCGGGGCCUUACCUACUGAAGGAAUACCUUGUUUGUUGAAGGUGUUACUUCCAUCUACGUGCAGUGGCCUACCUUCUUUGUAUGUCCGGGAUCUUCUUUUAAAUCCCCCAGCUUAUGAUAUUGCUCUGAAAAUUCAAGGCAAGUUUGACAAACAAACGUGCAAGCUCAUGAGCACAAUAACAUGCUCGAUUCCGGAGUUUACCUGUGUCUCUUCUGCUAAGCUUGUGAAGCUUCUUGAACAACGGGAAGCCAACUACAUUGAGUUCUGCCGGAUAAAAAAUGUGCUUGAUGAAGUAUUGCAUAUGCGUAGACAUCCUGAACUUGUGGAGAUCCUGAAGUUGUUGAUGGAGCCUACCUGGGUGGCUACUGGUUUGAAGAUUGACUUUGAAACUUUUGUCAGCGAAUGUCAUUGGGCUUCAGAUUCAAUCGGUGAAAUGAUCUCUCUAGAUGAAGAUGAAAGUCAUCAGAACGUAAGUAGAUGUGCUAAUGUCCCGAACGAGUUCUUUUAUGAUAUGGAGUCUUCAUGGCGAGGUCGCGUUAAAGGAAUACAUAUAGAGGAAGAAAUCACUCAAGUGGAAAAAUUAGCCGAGGCUUUAUCUUUAGCAGUAACCGAGGAUUUUCACCCUAUUGUAUCAAGAAUUAAGGCAAUGGCUGCAUCACUUGGUGGCGCGAAAGGCGAAAUUGCGUAUGCGAGAGAACACGAGUCGGUUUGGUUCAAAGGGAAACGGUUUACUCCAUCUAUAUGGGGUGGUACUGCUGGGGAAGACCAAAUCAAACAGCUGAAACCUGCUUUGGACUCGAAAGGGAAAAAGGUUGGAGAAGAAUGGUUUACGACACAAAAGGUGGAAGCUGCUCUAGUCAGAUAUCACGAAGCUAGCGAGAACGCAAAUGCACGGGUGUUGGAGCUGUUGAGGGAGUUGUCUGCUAAGUUGCAAACAAAAAUAAACGUUCUCGUUUUUGCAUCUAUGCUUCUCGUCAUUGCAAAAGCAUUAUUUGCUCAUGCUUGUGAAGGGAGAAGACGAAAGUGGAUUUUUCCAACUCUUGUUGGAUUCAAUACAGAUGAGGAGGCAAAAGCAUUAGAUGGUGGUGGUCGAAUGAAGCUGACUGGUCUAUCACCUUAUUGGUUUGAUGUAGCUUCCGGAACCGCUGUUCACAAUACCGUUGACAUGCAAUCACUGUUUCUUCUUACCGGACCUAACGGUGGUGGUAAAUCGAGCUUGCUCAGGUCGAUUUGCGCUGCUGCUCUACUUGGAAUCUGCGGUUUCAUGGUUCCCGCUGAAUCAGCUUUUAUCCCUCACUUUGAUUCCAUCAUGCUUCAUAUGAAAUCUUAUGACAGCCCAGUAGACGGGAAAAGCUCUUUCCAGGUAGAAAUGUCGGAGAUUCGAUCUAUUGUAAGCCAGGCUACUUCGAGAAGCUUAGUGCUUAUAGACGAGAUAUGCAGAGGGACAGAGACAGCUAAAGGAACCUGUAUCGCGGGUAGUGUGGUCGAGUGUCUUGACGCGAGUGGUUGUUUGGGUAUUGUCUCUACACAUCUCCAUGGAAUCUUCAGUUUGCCUCUUACAGCCAAAAACGUCACUUAUAAAGCAAUGGGAGCUGAAAACGUUGAAGGGAAGACAAAGCCGACUUGGAAACUGACAGAUGGAGUCUGCAGAGAGAGUCUUGCGUUUGAAACAGCUAAGAGAGAAGGCGUUCCCGAGCCUAUCAUCCAGAGAGCAGAAGCUCUUUACCUCUCGGUUUACGCUAAAGACUCAUCCUCUGGAGUUGCUAAACCCGAGAAAACCGAAACUUUAUCAGAAAAUGUCCAGAAGAUCCGCACUGAGACAAGCCUAGAGAAGGACUUGGCAAAAACCAUUCUUAGAAUCUGUGGGAGAAAGAUGAUUGAGCCUGUAGCGUUAGAAUGUCUUUGGAUCGGUGCUCGAGAGCUUCCACCUCCAUCUACAGUUGGUUCUUCAUGCGUGUAUGUGAUGCUUAGACCAGAUAAGAGAUUAUACAUUGGACAGACGGAUGAUCUUGAAGGACGAAUACGUGCGCAUAGGGCAAAGGAAGGAUUGCAAGGUUCAAGCUUUUUGUACCUUGUGGUGCAAGGUAAGAGCAUUGCUUGUCAGCUAGAGACUCUUUUGAUUAACCAGCUCCAUGAACAAGGCUACUCUCUAGCUAACCUAGCCGAUGGGAAGCAUCGCAACUUUGGAACUUCCUCAAGCCUGACUACGUCAGAUAUAGUCAGUAUCUCCUAGUUUCAAACAUUAGCUUUCAUUGUAACUGAUCAUCUUCUCUCUACAGAUGGGUUUGUGCAAUUGCACAAGUUUAGUUUGGCUAACAUUAGAGUAGAAGUAGAGUAGACUAAAGAACGGAAAGAAUGCGUGCCGUUUUUGCGUUUUUUUUUUUUUGGGGGGAUAUUUUGCAAACGGCAUGCAGUUCUGGCAAGCGGAUGCAGCAAUACACCAAGUCACCAACAAUAAUAUAAACAGGACUAGUAAACCUAAUCUUGUACCCGCUCUUUCUCUUUGUUUAGCUGAAUUUCACAAAGGCUUAAUGAUGGUUAAUGUCGUUUUAUAAGAUCUUGCAUUUGAUGUCGACAAUUAUCCGAAAGAAAUGGAGGAAUGAGAAUGUCUCAUUAUAUAAAAG